CGCAACUUGGUGAAGGGUGAAGACUUGGGGUUCUUGGUUCUGUCUUUAGGGAAACCGGAUGGAAUAACACAAAUUGUCGGUGGCUGUCCACAACUGCCUCUUGCCCUUGCCUAGCCCCUCAGCAGGCAAGAGAGGGAGGCAUUCAUAAUGUCUUCGAGGCAUGUUGGUUUAAGUAACAAACAACGACAUGUACCGCCGCUAUUGAGUGUGGUUAGGGGAAAGCCGUCGCCAAAACCGGUUUGUAACCAGCCAUCUCGAAAGGAAGUUCGCAAACCGAUACCUGUGGAUGCCGAGCCGAUAAGCGACGAUGACGGCGACGAUGACGGCGACGGCGGCGGGCUUUCACGACGAGGAGAUAUAAUAAGCACCAAUUUUGGGAGGGAACCGACAGUUGACCCUGCACAAUCCAAAAGCCUUGAAACAACCGGGAGCUCCCUCGAGACUAGGGAUAGGAAACACACGAGGCACACGAGGCACACGAGGCACACGAGGCACACAAGGAAUUCCACCCUGGACAUAUCUGCGGUUUCGCCUGGCCCUUCCGGCUCCAAAAGGUCACUUGACCUAGACAGUCAUGUCGAUUCUCUUCCAGACCCGCAGCCUUCCAAACCUUCCAAAAAGCAGAAAGGAGGGUCAUACAGCAAUGAAGAGUCCCAGGCCCGGUUCCAGGCGAAGACGGAUGCCUUUAGAGAGCAUGAAAAACGCAGUCACAGGAGGUAUGGAAACCCUGCAAAAUCUAUACCUGCGAAGAAUGCAUUCAAACCUGUGGAGAAAUCUUCCUUCUCCUCGCCUGAGAGGCCCCAAGGGGCUUUCAAUCAAAACCCGACGGUUCUUCCAGUGGCAUCUUCUCCUACUCGCCUUGAAUCCAUGAAGAUCCCCCCACGGGUUGAAGAGGAUCCUUUGGAUUUAAGUUCCCCGGUUAGGCAACCCUCUAAACCAUCAAGAGAACGACCAAACCGCAUCCACACCAGCUCAGAGAAGCCCAAGAAAGUGGACAUACCACCAGAAGACGACUCCCCGAUGGCAGAGUUCAAAAUGCCGAGCUUUGGGGCAGUAGAUCUUAGCACCGACUUCGACCUUGGUCCCGUUCAAAAUACGCCCAAGAAGCUUAGAAGGGAGGUGGAGGAUCCCUCAUCGCCGGAGGGAGGUGAUGAGAUGGCGGCGACAGCGGGCGCAGUCUGCCCGAUGUGCAAUGAACAAGUCGACCGGGACCUCCUGGACAGCUUCACCAAGGGUAAUCGCAUGACUAUUGCUCAGCAACAGAAAUUUUGCCAGCACCACAACUUGAAAUCGGCAAGGAAUACGUGGGUCGAUAAGGGCUAUCCCGAUAUCGACUGGCGCCAACUCGAGUCUCGGAUAUCGAAACGCCACGGCAUUCUCGAAGGCAUCUUGGAGGGCAGGGCUUCACACUACGGUGAUAAGUUUACCAGGAGAGUGAAAGCAGGGAAGAGCAAGACAGUGCUGAAGACCAAGCAGAGUCUCACGCCUGGUUAUUACGGCAUCCGGGGCUUGAGGCUGAUGACAGAGACCAUCAUCAACCACUUCUCGUCACUUCUACGAAAACGGGCGGUGCAGGAUAGGCUGAUAUCGGCAAGAGGCUACACGGCCUAUGUCCAGGCGGUGCUGGUUCCCGAGUUAGCGGUGCGGCUGAUCAUGGAGGACAUGGGCGUGUCGGAAGUCAAGGCAAGGUCGAUAUUGCAGGAGAGCAUCUGGAUUGGCGAGCUUCUCAACGAGGAAGUUGGUGAUGUGGUGCCCGAGGAUGAGGAUGAGGAUGAGGACGAUACAGGCUCGCUGUCAUCGCUCUCGGAUGUCUCUGGCGACGAGCUGGUAGAGCUCGAGUGAUCGAUGGGUGUUGGAUUCUUGGGAGACAAGGUCCGGUUGGAGAGCACUCGCUCUCGGCCACCUCGGGUUGUAAUAGGCCGAGCCCGGAAGGACCUGAGCGACAAACAACUUACAAUGCACAUGUCAUGUUUGCACCAGGAUCGUCAAGGGGCCCUGCCCCCAUUUGCUGAUAUUGUUUUCCUAGAUGACCUGACGCUCUGCAUUAUACCCGAGCUACUGGGAUUUAUUUUGCAGGCCUUUCGCUUCAGCAGGUAGGUAGC